UACCAUAUAUUAAAAUAUUAUGUACACAGGAGAUAGGAAAAGGCCUAGAGUAUAUAUCUGAUUCAAAACAGUGACUACUAGGACUUCCCUGGUGGUCCAGUGGGCUCCCGAUGCACAGGGCCUGGGUUCAAUCCCUGGUUCAAGGAACUAGAUCCCACAUGCUGCAGCUAAAGAUCCUGCAUGCUGCAACUAAGACCAGGUGCAGCCAAAUAAAACAAACAAAUACUUAAAAAACAAAACAAAAUAAAACCCAGUGGUUAUUAAUGGGGAGGAAGGGGGGAGCCAGACUCUCUUUUUGCAGGGAGAAGUAGUAAAGGGCCUUAGUCUUAUUUAUAACAUUUGAAAUUUUAAAAGGAGAAUGUGUUUAUUAAUUACUUCUAUAGUUAAAAUGUAACAACAACAAAAAAUGUUUUGUGAACAGUAAUACUAAAUUAAAAACUGAACAAUUUCUAAUGGCUACUUGGUGAGCCUGGCACCUCCUGUACUCCUGGAAGUGGCUCUCACACUGCCCCCACGAUCCUGCCUAUCUGUUCCUUGUUCAUCUGCUCCCAUCCCCACCCCCCAACUGCAAAUGAUAACUCCUUUAUUUCUUCAGGAAAAAAGAAACCAUCACAGGGAAGUUCCCUCAUCUUUCCACCUACAAAACUGCCCACUUUUGUGCCCCUUUUUGCCUUCCCUCCUGCUUCAGAGAUGAAAUGUCCCUUCUCUUAGCAUCAUCUGACCCUUUCCCUCAUCACUGAAACCAAUGAAUUGGAAACUUCCACGCUUCAGCAAUAAUUCUACCACAGGAGCUGAUCUUAACCUCUUUUGCUCCAUUUUCUCUACCUGACUGUUGUUGAGGAUUUUAAGAGCUCUAUACUAGGCCUCUUCUCUUCUUUCUCUGCACUCUGCCCCUAAAUGACUUCAUUGUUUCAAAAAUGCUGAAAACUCCCAGAUAGAAAUAUCCAACCCAUGCCCCACAGUUCUACAGUUUCAUAGGCCCAACUGCUUCCUACAUCUUUCCACUUGCUAGUUUCACAGAUAUCUCAAAUUUACCUGUUUAAAACUGAAACCUUGAUUCCCUCCUGGCCUCUGAAUCUAUUCCUCUCCAAGUUACUCCCAGUUCAGUAAAUGGCUUUAUCUUCCAUGCAGCUGGUCAAAUCAGAAAUCUGGGAAUAAGCACUCUUGGCUUCUUCCUUGGCCUCACAUAAGUCCUAUGCAAUCUGUGUCCACUUCUUGCCUGGACUCUAGGUCCAAGCCACUGCCUCUGGCCCCUUAAUCACUGCAACAGCCUCCUACCCAAUCUCCUUUCUUUGUCAAACCCUCCAAUCAUUCUCUACAAAGCCAUCAGAGUCAUCUUUAAAAAAUGUAAACAGAAACAUGCUAGAUCUCUUAACAGUCUUCAAAGACUUCUCACUACACCGGCAAUAAACACUAAACCCCUUACCUUGGUCUAUAAGGACCUCCUUUCCUCUCCGACCUCAUCUUCUGCACUCUUCCCCUCUCCCUUUUCCAGUCCUGUUGGCUUUCUUUCAGAUUCUUAAUCAUACAAAACUCUUUCUCUUUCUAUCUUUAGGCCUCUGCAUAUGCUGCUCCCUCUGCCUGGAAUGCUUUUCCCACCCCCACCCCCGUCUUAAAAAAUGGUUGCUCCUUCUCAUCUAUCAGGCAUUAGCUUAAAUGUUAACUCAUUGAAGUAGGUCCCCGCCUAUUGCAUUUUUAAUUAUAGUAGCCUGCUCACCUCCUUCCCAACAUUUCCUGUCUUAUAAUCAUUUGACUGCUCAUUUUUUAUUGUCCAACUUCCCCAUCAGACUGGAAGCACUGUGACAACAUGAGCUACGUCUGCUAGCACUCACUUCUGAACAGUCCAUUACUGGCACUUAAUAAAUGCUCAAAAUUGGCUUGAAAAAGAGAAGGCCAAUCCAUUAGGAAAAUCCAUGAAAUUUUAACUGUGAAUUAUAGAAUAUUGCUUUACCUAUAUCAUCAUCAACCACAAAGCAAGACCUGUGAACUGAUAUCUCCAACUGAGGCUAGAUUCAAGGAAUAUGCCUUAAUGCCCUUAUAUGGGCACAGAGUCCUGCAAGGGGUGUAUAUGGAGCCUUGGGGACUUGGGGGGAGUGGCUUUGGCAAGCCAAAGGAUUUAAAGGGGCCUACUAUGUCAGUAGAUGGGGAAACAGUGGCAGACUUUAUUUUUGGGCUCCAAAAUCACUGCAGAUGGUGACUGCAGUCAAGAAAUUAAAAGAUGCAAUGUUUCUGUGUCAGGUCAACAUGGCAGGCUGGCCAGCUGUUGCAUCAAGCAGGUGGCUGGAGGGUAUUCGAAAAUGGUAUUACAAUGCUGCCGGGUUCAAUAAACUGGGCUUAAUGCAAGAUGACACAAUAUAUGAGAAUGACGAUGUAAAAGAAGCCAUAAGAAGGCUUCCUGAGAACCUUUAUAACGACAAAGUGUUUCACAUUAAGAGAGCACUGGACCUCAGCAUGAGGCAGCAGAUCCUGCCUAAAGAGCAGUGGACAAAACACGAGGAGGAUAAAUUCUACCUUGAACCGUAUCUGAAAGAGGUUAUUCGGGAAAGAAAAGAGAGAGAAGAAUAGGCAAAGAAAUAAUAUAGUAGUCUAAAUCUGUGGGUACAGCUGUUCUCAAGUAUUUUUAUGAAGUUGGUUAAACCUGAAAUGUACAAUGUAGAACUAUUUGGGCUGUAAAUGUAUUACUUUAAAGAAAUAUCAUAAUUAUUGUUGGGAAAAAAAAAGAAAUUAAAAGAUGCUUACUCCUUGGAAGGAACAUUAUGACCAAUCUAGACAGCAUAUUAAAAAGCAGAGACAUUAAUUUGCCAACAAAGAUCCGUCUAGUCAAGGCUAUGGUUUUUCCAGUAGUCAUGUAUGGCUGUGAGAAUUGGACUACAAAGAAAGCUGAGUGCCAAAGAACUGAUGCUUUUGAGCUGUGGUGUUGGACAAGACUUUUGAAAGUCCCUUGGACUGCAAGGAGAUUCAACCAGUCCAUUCUAGAGGAGAUUAGUCCUGAGUGUUCAUUGGAAGGAUUGACGUUGAAAUUCCAAUACUUUGGCCACCUGAUGUGAAAGAACGGACUCAUUGGAAAAGACCCUGAUGCUGGGAAAGAUUGAAGGUGGGAGAAGAAAGGGACGACAGAGGAUGGGAUGGUUGGAUGGCAUCACCAACUCAAUGGACAUGAGUUUAGGUAGACUACAGGAGUUGGUGAUGGACAGGGAGGCCUGGCGUGCUGCAGUCCAUGGGAUUGGAAAGAGUCGGACAUGACUGAGCAACUGAACUUAACUGAACUAUGACAGUUCUCCAUAAUCAAUUUUGUGUGAUGGCUAUGGUAAGCUGAGUUAACUCCAUUUUAUAGACGACAAAGUUGAGAGAAACUAGCGUUUAAAAAUCAAGAUGAGAUCAAGCCAAACUGUGAGGAAGGUAAAGCUUGGCUGCUGCACUCUCUUUCUUGCGUUUCCAGUGCUUUGUCUGCCAACACUUGUGUCUCCAUCAGGUCUACUACUACGUGCUGCAUGUUAGGUCACUUCAGUUGUGUCAAACUCUUUGUGACCCUAUGGACUGUAGCCUGCCAGGCUCCUCUGUCCAUGGGAUUUUCCUGGAGAGAACACUGGAAUGGGUUCCAUUCCCUUCUUCAAGGGAUCUUCCUGACUCAGGGAUCAAAUCCACGUCUCUUACACCUCUUGCAUUGGCAGGCAGGGGGUUCUUUACCACUACUACAGUGGCAGCUGAUCCAGAUUUGCUUUUGGUUCCUUCAAGUACCAUGGUCUCAGAAUAGAGUUACACUCAAAACUUAGCUUCCCUUUUUCUUUUUUAGUGAGAUACUGUCCCUUAGAAACUAGCUCAUUAGAUAAACUGAUCUCUCCUAAGGUAAUGUUUCUAAUACAAAUUUGCAAUUUUAUAGGAUACUCUGGAAGUAUACCUGCAACCACAGAAAUGACUGACUUUUCCACCACAGCAAGCCAGAAGAGAACUUAAUCUCUUGUUCUCUUUGGAAUAGGUGUUCAAAUAACAGCCUCACUGGCAGCUGUUAUUAUUAGUAGUAAUUUAUACAAACUGUCCUUUAGCUAUGACAUAUUCUCUCAUUUGGUUCUCAUAAUAGCCCAGUGAGACAAGAAAGACAGUUAUUUUAAAGCUCUUUUAUAGAUAAGGAAACAGACUGAAAGAAGUUACAUCUUAAUAUUAACUAGCAAAUGAACAGAUCCUAACCCAGGGCUCCAAAUCCUUCUCUUCAUUCAAAUCAUUUUUCAACAUCAGUCCACCUCCUUCAUUGGCUAUUGAAAUUUGAAGCUUCAUCAUGAAUGAAUUUGGCUGUAGGUCACUCAUUCUGGUUCAAGUUCAGGGUCUCAAUCUGUUUUACUCUGGAUAACCUCAAGUAGUUUAUCUGUUGGUAAAAUACUGCCCAUAAAAGGUGUUACUACAGAUUUACUCAUUAACAGUUUUAGUGCAGAUUAAAGAGAUUAGAAUUCCAAAAUAUCCAGUGAUUUCUAAUAGCCCUAGACCACAAGAUCCCCUGGAGAAGGGAAAGGCUGCCCACUCCAGUAUUCUGGCCUAGAGAAUUCCAUGGACUCUAUAGUCCAUGGGGGUCACAAAGAGUCGGACACGACUGAGUGACUUUCACUAGACCACAUGUUUUGAAUCUAAGAUGCUUUCAGCAAACAGUAUUAAGAAUUUUGGGGGACUUCUCUGCUGGUUAAGAUUCUGCACUCCCAGCGCAAGAGCCUUGGGUUCCGUCCCUGGUCAGGGAAGUAGAUUCCGCGUGCCACAACUAAAGAAUCCACACAAAGGUCGCAUGGAGGCAACUGAGUCUCAGCACAGCCAAAUAAAUAAAUAUUAAAAACAACAAAAGAAUCUUUACCUGAGGUUAAGAAGGUUUAUAUCUGCAGAUGGCUGGUUAAAAUUCAAAGUUCUCAUCUUUUAAGUGAACAGAGCAGAUGGCAGACUUGGCCCCCUACCUUGUAGACAGGUGUUCACAAAACACUUGACACUGAAACCUGAUCCGUGAAAAAGCUGUUUCUCCCCACUCUGAAGAGCCGUGUGGCAACACUGGAGCCUCAGUAAUUUGCUUCUCUGGAGGCUUAACUGUUUCCCACCUACCCACUGAACCCCUGCUGGUUUUAAACAUCAUCUCUCAUGUAUUGUAUUAAGAUGCACUAAUAACCAAGACAUCGAAGUGACAACAAAACACACCUGACAACACAGCUGAUUCACUUGCAUUUUUGGAUUACUCUCUGUAGGACAGCACAGUUUUCCUCACGUUGAAAAGAAAAAAAAAGAAAAGCACGUAUCUACUCCCAACAGUUGCUGGAGCAUAAGGAAUAAAGUUCUGUACUUUUCACUCUCUAGAAACAGCGUAACGUAAAUGCCCUCCAAGAAAUUUUUACAACAAUCUCUUUGGUUAAAAUUAAAAGACUUUUCAACGCCUCGGUUUUGAGUAUUUUCCGUGAGGGCCCAGAGGAC